AUGGCUGUCGAUGCCAAACAGAAAGAUCUUAACCCUUCAAUUGCCAGUAUUUGCAUAGAAAACCAUUUCACACGUAAAAAAGAAACUUUUUCAUCUUCUGCUGAGGAAACCUUCUCAGAAAAAAGGGAUCGUUAUAAAGACAAAGAUGAAGAGAUGAAAAGCAAAGCAAUAAAGGAUUUUACUCCUUUCUGCUACCGUAAAACUCAACAAAUCUGA